UGCAAGUUACGCUUUGCAUACCUGGACCUCGGCACACCGAAAACACGAAGAUGCUGUCUAUGUUAAACCCCAAAGCAGAGUCUCUGCAGAGAGCUCAAGCCCUGCAGGUGAACAUUUCUGCAGCAAUUGGUCUGCAAGACGUUUUGAAGAGCAAUUUGGGACCCACUGGAACAACGAAAAUGCUUGUUGAUGGUGCCGGAGGAAUUAAACUGACCAAGGACGGAAAGGUCUUGCUUACGGAAAUGCAAAUUCAAAACCCUACUGCUUCUUGUAUCGCGAAAGCUGCAACUGCUCAAGACGACAUUACUGGUGACGGUACUACGUCCGUUUGUUUACUCGUCGGCGAGCUUCUUAAGCAAGCAGACAGAUACAUCCAGGAAGGUCUCCAUCCCACCCUCAUUAGCGAUGGCUUUGACUUGGCAAAGGCUGAAGCUCUCAAGUUUUUGGACGAAUUCAAAACGACGGCAGAAAUUGACCGUGAGGUCCUGUUGUCUGUCGCCAAGACAAGCCUUGGCACAAAAGUUUCCGCGGACUUGGUAGAGAUCCUGUCACCUGCUGUUGCCGAUGCUGUUCUCGCCAUUCAGCGUCCGAACGAGCCCAUUGAUCUUCAUAUGGUCGAAAUCAUGAAAAUGCAACACCGCUCGUCGGCCGAGAGCCAACUCAUCCGUGGUUUGCUUCUCGAUCACGGCGCUCGCCAUCCCGACAUGCCCAAGGACGUGAAGAACGCUUUCGUUCUCAUUCUCAACGUGUCGCUUGAGUACGAAAAGACUGAGAUUAAUUCGGGCUUCUUCUACAGUACUUCUGAGCAGCGUGAACGUCUUGUGGAAAGUGAACGCAAGUUCGUUGACGAGAAACUUCGUAAGAUUGUAGAGUUGAAGAAGGAAGUCUGUGAAAAGGAUCCCAAUGCCGGGUUCGUUGUCAUUAACCAAAAGGGCAUUGACCCACUUUCUCUUGAUGUACUUGCUAAGAACGGUAUUAUGGCUCUUCGCCGUGCAAAGCGUCGCAACAUGGAGCGACUCCAGCUCGUUUGCGGCGGCAUUGCCCAAAACAGUGUUGACGAUCUUACUCCCGAGGUCCUUGGUUGGGCUGGUCACGUUUAUGAACGUACUUUGGGCGAGGAAAAGUUCACAUAUGUUGAAGAGGUGAAGGAACCCAAGAGUGUUACUAUCCUCAUCAAGGGCCCCAACUCUUAUACCAUCCAGCAAAUUCAAGACGCCGUCCGUGACGGUCUUCGCUCCGUCAAAAACGCAAUUGAGGACAAGUGUCUUGUUGUUGGAGCUGGCGCUUUCCAAAUUGCUUGUGCCCAACAUUUGAAGGGAGACUUUGCUUUGAAGGAGGUGAAGGGUAAGAAGAAGUUCGGUGUUUACGCUUUCGCCGAUGCUCUUCUCAUCAUUCCCAAGACGUUGGCUAGCAACUCCAGUUAUGAUGUUCAGGACGCCAUUGUCGCUCUCCAGGAGGAGGCUGCUGAGGGCUACAAGGUUGGUCUCGAUAUUCGCACUGGCGAGCCUUUUGACCCCGAAACUGAAGGUGUGUAUGAUAACUAUCGUGUCAUUCGACACAUGCUGCACUCUGCUACUGUUAUCGCUAGCAAUUUGAUCAGUGUUGACCAAAUCUUGCGUGCAGGCAGAUCCAGUCUGAAGGAAGGCGGUAAUGCUUAAACGGCGUAAAAACAAACAACAGCCUACGGGUUCUGAAAAUGUUCAUUGUGUUUGCAUUUGUAUUCAAAUGAUACAUCCAACAUUGAUAUUCAUACGAUACGAAAAAUGAAAACUAUAGUUGUACGUACUUACGGCCACCGAACAUUAGCGGAAGACGUGUAUUACUCUGAGUAAGAUAAACAAAUUGCACCAAGGAAUCGGGAAUUAAGAGGAAGAGUAGUAGUAAAUGUAAGUAAAAUAAUAUGAUAGAUAAUGUCUUUUUUGCUCUCA